AUGAAGUAACUCUUCUCGUAAGCUACUCUAGCCAUAGCACUCCUUCUUAACUUGACCAAUGCUUGGGAUUAUACUAAAAAUGGUACUGAUUGGACCGACGGUAUCUGCAGCGAUGAAACCAAGGUUCAAUCUCCAAGAGACAUGUACCACAACGGCACAGAUUGGUACACAGGAUUGAAGACAUAGUUUGUCUUCCUCCCUUAUAAUUUGACUGCAGUAAAGCCAACUAAGAUGGAAUUCGAAAACCUUAUAUAUACUGUAUAUGGGAAUUUCGGUAGAUUAUAUGCCAAAGAGCCUGCAAACAAUGACUUAACUAAGAUUGUUAAGUGGGAUGCAAUGUAUAUGAGAUUCCAUUACCCAGCUGAGCAUUUGGUUCAAAGUGCCUAAUAUGAUCUCGAAAUGCAAGUCUACAUUAAUGAUACAGCUUCAAUGAGUCAAGGCUGUUUGAGUGGUUAUGGUGCUAUCGCUGUACUUUUCAAAGUUGGUCUUAAUGACAAUCCAUUCUUUGACUGGCUUACUAAAACAGGAGAUGAUCAGUAGAUUGAUUUGAGCACUAUUUUCACACCUAAUACACCUUUAAAUAACUAUAUCAGCGGCUAUGUUGGGACUGAUACCAUUCCUCCUUGCACAAGAUUUGUAUGCUGGUAUGUAAUUGAGACUCCUAUGGAAAUAAGUUAAAAGCAAUUAGACAUGUUUAAGACCAAGGAUACUCCUUACAAUGCCAGAAAGGCUCAGUAAGGCAAAGAUUUAACUCAAAGACAACUUCUCAAUGCUCAAGGCUUGAAUGUUAAGGCUUGA